AGCCAUGGACGCCUCGGUCGCCGAGCAGCUGAGGGAGAAGCUCAACUGCUCCAUCUGCCUGGGGCUCUACCGGGACCCGGUGACGCUGCCCUGCGGCCACAACUUCUGCGGGGACUGCAUCCGGGACUCGUGGCGCCGCUGCGAGCAGUCCUGCCCCGAGUGCCGGGAGCCCUGCCCGGCCGGCGCCGAGCCGCGCCGCAACGUGGCGCUCAGCCAGGUGCUGGAGCUGCUGCGCGCGGCCGGGGGCCCGGGGCCGGACCCGGACUCGGACCCAGAUCCGGAUCCCCGCGCGGGCCCCGAUCCCCGCGCGGGCCCCGGCGCGCGCUGCUCGCGCCACGGCCGGCCGCUCGAGCUCUUCUGCCGCACGGAGGGCCGCUGCGCGUGCUGCGCCUGCACUGUGCACGAGUGUCGCCUCCACGAGCGGGUGCUGCUGGACGAGGAGCGCCGCGAGCGCGAGGGCCAACUGAGGGCCAGACUGGAGGUUACCCAGCAGCGGAGCACCCAGGCUGAGACCCAGCUUCAGCAUCUACAACAGCAAACCACCCACAUCCAGAGCUCAGCCUGCACGCUGGCCUCCAUGGUUUCCAGCAAAUUCAGCUGCCUGCUGCAGGCCCUGGAGAAGCGGCAGGCUUUGGCACUGGAGAACAUUGAGACGGCCAAGACACAGGCCCUGGCACAGAUCCAGGAUGAGGAGCGGCAACUACGGGGUCACCUGGAAGCCCUGACUCAGUAUGGCUGCAGGGUUCACGAUCUGCUGACGCAAGGAGACCAUCAGACUUUCCUCCAGGAAUCACAGCAGCUCUUGGAGCCCCCAGCACCCCUGGGGCCGCGAACCCCUGUGCAGUGGGAUGAGGAUGAGCAGCUGAGUGACCUAAAGGAGUCUCUGAGCCCGCUGUGUGGCCUCCUCCUGGAAGAACAGCAUCCGCCCAGGAUGCCAGCCAAGGCUGCCCACUCACUGCCCGCAGACACUGUGGGUCCCCAGGCACCGGUCUCAAGCAUGCUGUGUCCACUGAGGAAGCAACUCUGGCAGUAUUAUCGCAAUCUGACCUUUGACCCAGCCAGUGCCAACCGCCAUUUCUACCUGUCUCAUGAGGACCAGCAGGUGACACAUCACCGCGAGCCGCAGGGCCCAGCCAGGCCAGGCAGCUUUGAGCUGUGGCAGGUGCAGUGUGCCCAGGGCUUCCGGGCUGGGCGGCACUAUUGGGAGGUACUCACCUCGGACCACUCAGUGACGCUGGGCGUCACCUACCCCGAACUGACCCGAUGCAAGCAGGGAAUGAAUACAGACAACAUUGGCCGUGGGCCCGACUCCUGGGGCCUCUGCAUCCAGGAGGACAGUGUCCAGGCCUGGCACAACGGGAAGGCCCAGCGCCUCCCUCGGGCGUCUGGACGGCUGCUGGGCAUGGAAUUGGACCUGGACAUUGGCUACCUCACCUUCUACAGCCUGGAGCCACAGGCCCAGCAACUGCACACCUUCAACGCCUUCUUCAACCAUCCCGUCUACCCUGUCUUCUGGCUCCUGGAAGGGAGAACCCUCACCCUGUGCCAUCACCCUGUUACUCAGGAGGCUGAGAUCUGAGGAUCAAGGUUCAAAGCCAGCCUGGGCAGAAAAGUUCCCGUGAGACUCU